AUGCAGCCCUCUGCUUCAACCCGUCUACGCUUAACCCUCGCCUUCUUCAAACUCCACAAUGUCCUCCAUCCCCAGCUUCCUUUAACGCCCAUCGAACGUAACCGACUUUUAGGACUCGUGAAAGACUCGUUUCGUCAACAACUCAACUCAGUCCCCACCCCACCAACUGAUUCACAUGUUGGGAACCUCCUCGUGACACUCCCAUUCUCAACCUCGUUGGCCGGAAGCAAAGAUCUCGAAAGGAUCCACGAAGACCCCAUUGGGGUCUUUGAACAGCAAGUUUUGGCCGGCAGGGCUACAUUGGGACUCGCUGGAUUGUGUUUGAAUAAGUACGUUGAGGGAAUAAGGGCGAAGGGAUGGAGAGCGGAUGGGGAGAACGCACUCGGUAGGGUUCUCGAAGGACUUCAGAAGAGUGGGCUAGUGACCAAGAUGAGCGCAAUCACAAAUUCACCUAUCACACGACCAAUCGUCGAGACGCUUGUGGUUGAAGGGAGAGAGACAAAGAUCAUGGAUCUUUUGAGCGCAGCCAACAUUCCCGACAAGGGGAAGUUUGAGAUUUUGCAGUUUGGAAUUUUGGCUAUGGAGGUAAAGGCUGGGAUUGACAAGGCUGUCGAAAUGUUCGAGAGAUCGCUUCACACUUCUGGAAACAAGAAGUAUCAAUAUGGAGAAUUCCAACCUGUUGGACUACAGCUUUGUCGGAAAGUCAAAGAUGGCGAGUCGAACAAGGAACAACUGUUGGAAAAGUUGGUGUCUAGCGCCAAACUCUGGGCGAAGUCGCCAUUCAUGGAAGCGGCGAUCCACCUACGAUUCGGAGGAAGGACCGACACUGCUGUCGGUUAUUUCCUCAGCCUAGAUAAAGGCGGGAGCGAGUUUUGGGGCAGCAAAAACAAAAAUUGGUACCACAGGACGGCGAAAAUGGGGUUAGAGCUCGGGAUGGUCUGUGCCGAGAGAGAGGAUUGGGCGGACGCAGCCGCCAUCACGGAUAUCAUCCGCCGGAGGUUCUGCGGACGAGUCGCCGGCCUUUUCGCGCAUGAAUUGGGGGCACGGGACCAUGGGACGGCCCGAGAUGCGUUACAGAAGGCUUUAGAGAAGGUCAGGAUGAAGGGUGAGUUAUUGUCGAAGGAGAGGAGCGUCAGUGAUAUGCUCAACCGUUGGGCGGCUACAUGAGCGCCAGGAAUUCUCCAUCCCAACACCACCCACAGUACCGGUACUGGCACAUUGCACUCUCUGGUGCACCAUUCUUUCCUUUUCUGUUCUUCCCUCUUCGUUGCCUUAUUUUAUUUUUAUUUUUUACUAUGAUACUCCUUUCAUUCUUCUCUGUCUAUCCUUCGAUUCCGGGCAUUCCCGUAUCGGUGGUAUGUUUCGCUGGUGCAAGGGCAUUGUGUUGGGGAUAGGCCGGCGUUUACGGGUUUUGUGCUUAUAGUUUUGCACGACAUUGUUUCUUUUCUUUUCCGAUACUUGUACUCGUACAUCCGAUUUCAUAAUAUACAUAUGAUACCGGUAA